AACAGGCUGGUGGCAAGGGGCAAAGGCUUCAGACAGAAAGAGGGAAGAGAUUAAAAAUACCAACAACAAAAAACAGCAAGGGACGGAGAGCAGCUGAGGGCAGACAGGAAGUGAGUGUUAGAGAGAGGGAGUCAUUUCAGGAUAAGAGAAGAGAGCGAGAUUGAACGUCUGCUGCUGCAGGUGGAGGUCUGUCACCUUUGAACCGCUGGAGGAGACACGCUGAGGCUGAGAAUUAAGACUCUGACAGAGACCAAGAGGACAGCCAUGUUUUCAGUCAGACCAGAGAUCCAGCCGUAAAAGACAAGAGGCGGUCACCCCCAUCCAACAGAUCCCCCACCGCCCCUCAACGCAACCCUCACCACAGCGGCUCCACAGAAGAACAGGAGAGCCCAGAGAGAGUGGUGCAAAAGGAGAAGCUUCAUGCAGAGCUGAAGCAGGUGUUGAGUCAGAAGAGAAGUCACCUGAGAGACUCGGCCUGCCAACUGGCCCAACCGGAGAUGGACUCAGAUCCCACAGACCAACAGACAAGUGUGGAGGAAGCUUCCAAGUCUGUGGAAAUCGUGGUGGAGACAGAGGCGGAGGCAGGAGCCAGCGGCUACAGUGUGACCGGAGGAGGAGAGCGAGGGAUCUUUGUUAAAGACGUCCUCAAAGACUCUCCAGCUGCCAAACAUCUCAGUCUACAGCAAGGUGACCAGCUGCUGAGUGCCAAGGUCUACUUCGACAAUGUGAAGUAUGAAGAUGCUCUGAAGAUCCUUCAGUGUGCGGAGCCGUACAAGGUCAGCUUCCAACUGAAGAGGACCAUCCCUGGAGCAGAGGUCAGCGUGCGGCCUCGAGUUCCCAGUGUGGAGGUCAAAGGUCCCAAAGCCAAGAUGGCCAAAAUGAGUGUAAAGGGCACCAAGCCGUUCAAGGCCAAGAAGAAAAGAGGUGGACGUUUUGGUCUGAAGAGGCUCAAAGAGAAGCGCAGAGAGGAGCUGGUGAUAGAGGGGACACCCCCCAGGCUGGAGAUGAGCGACGUGGAUGUGGAGUUUUCUCUCCCCAAAUUCAAACAGAGGACGAGUGCGAAGGUCGAAGCAGAAGGAGCUGGAGGAGCAGCAGCUGUGGGGAAGGCAAAGAGGAGAAUCAGGUUUCCAGGCAUUAAAGCAAAGGGAGGAAGCAAAGUGGAGACAGGACGACUUGAAGGACAGGUGAACAUUUCUCCAUCUGAGAUACCUGGAGCUAAGGUGAAAACCAAGGAAAAGGGACACAAGUUUGGAAUCGCCUUUCCUAAAACCAAACACACAAAGUCAAGCACAGCUUUGGAAACUGGGUCUGUGGAGCGGAAGCCGCCAGGUGUGAACAUCCAGCCUCCAUCAGUGGAGUUGAGUUUGUCUGGUGAUAAAAACGUGGAUGUGGAGAAGGGAGGGCUCAAGUUUAAUGCGCCUGACGUGGAGUUUGCACUCCCUUCAGGAAAAGCUGAGGCAUCUUUGCCUGCUGUGAAGGGAAAGCCAGAAAUGAAAGCUCCUAAAAUCGACAUCAAAGGAGGAGUUGAUGCAGCUGAGGGAAAAACUGAUGUAGACGUAGGCAAAGGAGAUGCAAAGCUCAGAAUGCCAAAGUUGAAACUCCCCAAAGUUAGACUCUCACGUCAUUCGGAUGAAAUAGACGGUGACAUCAAGGUAAAAGCAGAAGGGGUGAAAAUGUCUCAUGCUGAUAUAACACCUCCAAAAGUAGAAAUCAAAGGAGGUGGGGAGAUUGGUCUCCCUGAAGCAAAUAUAACAAAACCAAUGAUGGACGAUGAGUCCUCAGGAAAAGGUACUUCUAUUGAAAUGCCUUCUGUUGAUAUUUCUUUACCAAAAGUGAAGGGAAAGUCUGACAUGGGCACCUCACUCACAAAGCAUGAAGGAGCUCGGAAGACUGCAAUCAAAAUGCCUGCCAUUCACAUCUCUGUACCUGAUGUUGAUUUGGAAUUGGACACCGGACGAAGAAUUCCUGAUGAGGUGGAGGGCACUUUUAAAGAGCCCAAAAUCUCCAUGCCAAAGGUCGAUAUUUCAUUACCAAAGAUGGGAUCACCUGAAGUAGAUACUGAAUGUUCCAAAGGUGGAGGAAAAAUCAGCCUAUCUUCAAUUGACACCUCUCUUCCAAAGGUGAAAACAGAGGGAGGAGGAGAAGUGGAUUUGGACCAUUAUGUUGGUGGUGAUGGGAAGUUCAAAAUGCCUGAUUUUGACAUAUCUCUCCCAAAAAUGAAGUCACCAGAAGGAGAUGUAAAUACAAAAGGACAAGAGGUGGAAGGAGGCAUCAAGCUGCCCAAAGUAGACUUGACCCUUCCCAAAGGCAAAGCAGGAAUGACUGAUACUGAAGGAGGAGGAGAAUUCAAGUUACCAUUAUUUGACAUCUCCCUCCCUAAAAUGAAGCCGUGUGAGGUGGAAAUUGACAUUGAAAGCCCUGAAGUGAAAGGAGGUAAAUUUGAACUGGUCACACCUGAUGUUUCCUUGCCCAAAGAUGAAAUGGUGGGAGACACUGAAGUAGGAGGCCAUGAUGUGAAAGGAGGAAAAUUCAAAAUGCCUACAUUUGACAUUUCUUUACCAAAACUGAAACAACCAGAGGGUCACAUGAGCAUAGAGGGACCUGAAUUUGAGGAUGAAGGUAAAAUCCAGAUGCCCUCUGUUGAUGUAUCUCUACCAAAAGGAAAGCUGGAAGGUGACAUUGAAAUAGAGGGUCCAUCUGCAAGAUCUGGGGCUGAGGCUGAUUUGCAAGGACCUAAGAAUAAAGGAGAGAAAAUUGACGUGCCAUCAGUCAGCAUUUCUCUACCAAAAGGUAAAGUCAAGGGUGAGGCUGACAUAGAUGGAAAAGGAGGCGAGUUAAAAAUGCCUUCCUUUAAUGUAGCUCUUCCCAAAAUUAAGUCACCUGGAGGAGAGGUUGUUUUGGAGGGACCUAAAAUCAAAGGCGGAAAGGUCAAGAAACCUAUUGCUGAUAUCCCUGUUCCCCAAGGAAACCUAGAGGGAGAUUUGAACAUUAAUGGUGGUGAAGUAAAAGGAGGCAAAUUCAGCAUGCCCUCUGUAGACAUUUCUCUCCCAAAAAUGAAGCUUCCUGAAGGAGAUGUCAAACUAGAAUGCCCUGAAUUUCCAAAUGUUGACUUGUCACUUCCCAAGGCAAACUUAGAGGGUAACGUGGCACUCAAAGGCAGUGGUGGAAGCAGAGAGUUCAAAAUGCCAACUUUUGACAUCUCACUCCCAAAGAUUAAAACUGAGGAGAGAGAGGCUAACAUUGAAGGACCUGAAGUCAAAGGAGGAGCAAAGUUCAACAUGCCAUCAUUGGACAUCGCUCUUCCUGCAAUGAAAUCACAAGAGGGGGAGGUAAAAAUCGAAGGUCCUGAAACCAAAGGAGGAAAAUUCCGGAUGCCUACAUUUGAUGUUUCCUUACCAAAGACGAAGAUGCCUGAGGGAAAUAUUGGCUUUGAGGGACCCUCAGUUGAUAUCUCUAUUCCAAAAGGAAAAGCAAAGGGUGACAUUCAAACUAAAAGUGAAGGAGGACAUUUUCAUAUGCCCUCAAUUGAUGUUUCUCUCCCUAAAAUAAAAUCAAAGAGAGGUGACAUCAACAUCAAGGGACCAGAGAUCAAAGGUGAGGAAAUUAAAAUGCCAACUAUUGACAUAUCACCCCCUCAAGGAACAAUAGAAGGUGAUAUCACUGUUGAAGGUGAAGGAAGAGGAGGCAAAUUCAGCCUGCCAUCAGUAAACAUCACUCUCCCUGCAGCAAAAUUACCUGAAAGUGAUUUCCAAGGUCCAAAAGUCAAACUCGGGAAGUUUGAAAUGCCAAAAAUUGACAUCUCGCUUCCUAAAGGUAACGCACAGGGAGACAGUGAUAUUGACAUUCAUUCUGGAAAAGAUGGGAAUAUUGAAACACCACUUACUGGUGUUGGACUUCCUAAAGGAAAAGUUAAGGGUGACAUAAAUGUUGAAGGUCCUGAAGGGAAAGAGGGGAAAAUGAAAAUGCCAAAAUUUGACAUUUCAUUACCAAAGGUAGAUUUUCCUGAGGGUGACGUCAAAUUAAAAGGGCCAGACAUCAAAGGUAGGAAGAUUGAAAUGCCAGACAUUGAUAUUUCACUCCCCAAAGGAAAAGCAAAGGGAGACAAUGAAAUCGAAGGACAAGCUGCCAAAGGAGGCAAGUUCCACAUGCCCUCUGUUGAUAUCUCUCUUCCUAAAAUGAAAGUUAAGGGACCAGAGAUCAACAUAGAAGGCCCUGAACUUAAGGGAGGAAAAAUCAACAUGCCAGACCUUUCACUCCCCAAAGGAAAGGCUGAUGCUGACCUCAGUAUUGAGGGUCCUGAUGUAAAAGGAGACAAAAUUAAAAUGCCCAAAUUUGACAUUUCACUUCCAAAGAUGAACCUGCCAGAGACAGAGGGCAAUUUGGAAAUGCCAUCAGUUGACAUCUCACUCCCUAAAGGAACCGUAAAGGCAGAUGUUGACACUGAGGGACAUGGUGGAACAGGAGGAAAGUUUCACAUGCCCUCAAUUGAUAUCUCUCUUCCUAAAAUAAAAACAAAGGGAGGGGAUGUUGAUAUUGAAGUACCUGAACUUAAAGGUGACAUCUCACUUCCAGAAGGAAAAGUUGAGGGUGACCUAAACAUUGAAGGUCCUGAAGUAAAAGGGGGCAAAUUGAAAAUGCCGAACUUUGAUGUCUCAUUGCCAAAAGUAAGUAUGCCAGAAGGUGAUGUCAAAAUAAAAGGGCCAGACAUCAAGGGAGGGAAGAUUGAAAUGCCAGAUAUUGAUGUUUCACUUCCCAAAGGAAAAGUAGGAGCAGAAUUUGAAAUUGAAGGACAUGCUGCCAAAGGAGGCAAGUUCCAUAUGCCCUCUAUUGAUAUCUCUCUUCCUAAAAUGAGAGCUAAAGGACCAGAGAUAAAUGUUGAAGGCCCUGAAGGCAAAGGGGGAAAGCUAAACAUGCCAUCACUUGAUAUUUCUCUGCCCCAAGUAAAGUCUCCAGAGGUGGAUGUCAGCCUCAAAGGUCCUGAUGUUGAAGGAGGAAAGGUCAACAUCCCGAAUGUUGACAUUUCAAUUCCAGAAGGAAAAGCUGGGGGUGACAUAAAUGUCAAAGGCCCUGUGGUAAAAGGGGGGAAAUUCAAAAUGCCAAAAUUUGGUGUUUCUUCACCAAAAGUGAAUCUCCCAAAAGUUGAUGCCAAUGUGGAAGGAGCCAACAUGAAAGGAAAAAUUGAAAUACCAACUGCUGAUAUUUCACUUCCAAAAGGAAAGCCAGAUGUGGAUAUUGACGUUGAUGUGCACAGUGGUAAAGGAAGCAAGUUCCACAUGCCCUCAGUUGAUAUCUCUCUUCCUAAAAUGAAGGCUAAGGGAUUUGAUGUUGAUAUUCAAGGACCUGAACUCAAAGGUGACAUGUCACUCCCUAAAGUUAAGUCUCCAGAGGUAGAUAUCAGCCUUGAGGGUCCUGAUGUUAAAGGAGGAAAGUUUAACAUGCCAACUCUUGACAUUUCACUCCCCAAAGGAAAAGUUGAGGGUGACCUUGAUGUUGAGGGCCCUGAGAUGAAGGGGGGUAAGUUUAAGAUGCCAAAAUUUGAUGUGUCUUUACCAAAAAUGAGUCUCCCAGAAGGCGAUGUGAAAAUAAAAGGCCCGGACAUCAAAGGAGGGAAGAUUGAAAUGCCAGAUAUCGAUAUUUCACUUCCUAAAGGAAAAGCAAAGGGAGACAUUGAAAUUGAAGGACAAACUGCCAAAGGAGGCAAGUUCCACAUGCCCUCAGUUGAUAUCUCUCUUCCUAAAAUCAAAGCAAAGGGAGUUGAUGUUGAUAUUCAAGGACCUGAACUCAAAGGUGACAUGUCACUCCCUAAAGUUAAGUCUCCAGAGGUAGAUAUCAGCCUUCAGGGUCCUGACGUUAAAGGAGGAAAGUUUAACAUGCCAACUCUUGACAUUUCACUCCCCAAAGGAAAAGUUGAGGGUGACCUUGAUGUUGAGGGCCCUGAGAUGAAGGGGAGUAAGUUUAAGAUGCCAAAAUUUGAUGUGUCUUUACCAAAAAUGAGUCUCCCAGAAGGUGAUGUGAAAAUAAAAGGCCCGGAUAUCAAGGGAGGGAAGAUUGAAAUGCCAGAUUUUGAUAUUUCACUUCCUAAAGGAAAAGCAAAGGCAGACAUUGAUAUUGAAGGACAAGCUGCCAAAGGAGGCAAGUUCCACAUGCCCUCAGUUGAUAUCUCUCUUCCUAAAAUGAAGGCUAAGGGAUUUGAUGUUGAUAUUCAAGGACCUGAACUCAAAGGUGACAUGUCACUCCCUAAAGUUAAGUCUCCAGAGAUAGAUAUCAGCCUUGAGGGUCCUGACGUUAAAGGAGGAAAGUUUAACAUGCCAACUCUUGACAUUUCACUCCCCAAAGGAAAAGUUGAGGGUGACCUUGAUGUUGAGGGCCCUGAGAUGAAGGGGGGUAAGUUUAAGAUGCCAAAAUUUGAUGUGUCUUUACCAAAAAUGAGUCUCCCAGAAGGUGAUGUGAAAAUAAAAGGCCCGGAUAUCAAAGGAGGGAAGAUUGAAAUGCCAGAUAUUGAUGUUUCACUUCCUAAAGGAAAAGCAAAGGGAGACAUUGAAAUUGAAGGACAAGCUGCCAAAGGAGGCAAAUUCCACAUGCCCUCAGUUGAUAUCUCUCUUCCUAAAAUGAAGGCUAAGGGAUUUGAUGUUGAUAUUCAAGGACCUGAACUCAAAGGUGACAUGUCACUCCCUAAAGUUAAGUCUCCAGAGGUAGAUAUCAGCCUUGAGCGUCCUGACGUUAAAGGAGGAAAGUUUAACAUGCCAACUCUUGACAUUUCACUCCCCAAAGGAAAAGUUGAGGGUGAUCUUGAUGUUGAGGGCCCUGAGAUGAAGGGGGGUAAGUUUAAGAUGCCAAAAUUUGAUGUGUCUUUACCAAAAAUGAGUCUCCCAGAAGGUGAUGUGAAAAUAAAAGGCCCGGAUAUCAAAGGAGGGAAGAUUGAAAUGCCAGAUGUUGAUGUUUCACUUCCUAAAGGAAAAGCAAAGGGAGACAUUGAAAUUGAAGGACAAGCUGCCAAAGGAGGCAAAUUCCACAUGCCCUCAGUUGAUAUCUCUCUUCCUAAAAUGAAGGCUAAGGGAUUUGAUGUUGAUAUUCAAGGACCUGAACUCAAAGGUGACAUGUCACUCCCUAAAGUUAAGUCUCCAGAGGUAGAUAUCAGCCUUGAGGGCCCUGAUGUUAAAGGAGGAAAGUUUAGCAUGCCAACUCUUAACAUUUCACUCCCCAAAGGAAAAGUUGAGGGUGACCUUGAUGUUGAGGGCCCUGAAAUGAAGGGGAGUAAGUUUAAGAUGCCAAAAUUUGAUGUGUCUUUACCAAAAAUGAGUCUCCCGGAAGGUGAUGUGAAAAUAAAAGGCCCGGAUAUCAAGGGAGGGAAGAUUGAAAGGCCAGAUUUUGAUAUUUCACUUCCUAAAGGAAAAGCAAAGGGAGACAUUGAAAUUGAAGGACAAGCUGCCAAAGGAGGCAAGUUCCACAUGCCCUCAGUUGAUAUCUCUCUUCCUAAAAUCAAAGCAAAGGGAGUUGGUGUUGAUAUUCAAGGACCUGAACUCAAAGGUGACAUGUCACUCCCUAAAGUUAAGUCUCCAGAGGUAGAUAUCAGCCUUGAGGGUCCUGACGUUAAAGGAGGAAAGUUUAACAUGCCAACUCUUGACAUUUCACUCCCCAAAGGAAAAGUUGAGGGUGACCUUGAUGUUAAGGGCCCUGAGAUGAAGGGGGGUAAGUUUAAGAUGCCAAAAUUUGAUGUGUCUUUACCAAAAAUGAGUCUCCCAGAAGGUGAUGUGAAAAUAAAGGGCCCAGAUAUCAAAGGAGGGAAGAUUGAAAUGCCAGAUAUUGAUGUUUCACUUCCUAAAGGAAAAGCAGAGGGAGACACUGAAAUUCAAGUUGCCAAAGGAGGCAAGUUCCACAUGCCCUCAGUUGAUAUCUCUCUUCCCAAAAUGAAGGCAAAGGGACCAGAGAUCAACAUAGAAGGUCCUGACCUUAAGGGAGGAAAAAUCAACAUGCCAGACAUUGACCUUUCACUCCCCAAAGGAAAGGCUGAUGCUGAUCUCAGCAUUGAGGGUCCUGAUGUAAAAGGAGGCAAAAUUAAAAUGCCCCAAAUAGACAUUUCUCUUCCAAAGAUGAAUAUCCCAGAGAGCAGUGUCAAAGUGGAAGGACCUGAAAUGAAAGAAGGAAAGAUGCCAGCUGUUGAUGUAUCAGUUCCAGUGGGAAAAGUGGAGGGAGACAUCAACAUUGAAGGACCAUCUGGAAAGGAAAAGUUUGAAGUGCCAAAAGUUGACUUGCAUGGUAAAAAAGGUGGUGGGCUCCACAUACCAAGUAUUGACAUGAAUCUCCCCAAAUUUGAUUUUGACCUCAACUUUCCCCAUGGUCUGAAAGACAAAAGCCUCAAAGUGGACACCAGAGGCCCUGAUGCAUCAGGAGAUUUGGAGAUGUCUGGUCUCAAAGGAGAUAUUAAAUCAGCCCGCUUGAAAGUUAAGGGUGUAGACACUGAAAUAGGAGGUGUAGAAGGUCCAUGUGCAUCCCUCAAACUUCCCUCUGUCAAACUACCGACAGUUGACAUUGCAGCACCAAAGGUGGAUUUAGACUUUGGCCUCACAAAACCUAAAAGUGACGAUGUGGAAGUGGAGCUUCUGAAAGCAGAGGGAGGCAGGCCUUCUUCAGGGGGUAGCUUUGAUCUGCCUGAUGUUUCCCUCAAAGUCCCCAGUUUUUCUUUUCCCAGGUUUGGUGGAAAGUCCAAGAGUGGUGAACUGGAGAUAGCAGGACAAGUCCCCAAGACAGAUGUUUCCCUCAGUCCACCACAUGUGGAAGGAGAAAUUAGGGCACCAUCAGUAGAGUUUGAUGGGGAUGGAAAAGUUAAGGUGAAAAAACCUAAAAUCAAAAUGCCUUCAUUUGGAAUAUCCAAAAAAGAUGCAGAUGUAUCCGUGUCUUGUCCUGAUGCGGAUGUUGAAGUAAAAAAGGGAAAAACUGACAUUCCAAAACCAGACAUCAAUAUUGAGAGCCCAUAUGACAAAUCAAAAUACAAAGUGAAAUUCCCCAAGUUUAAAAUAUCGUCACCAAAGGGUCAACUACCAGGAGGAGAGGUUGAUGCUAAACUGGAGGCAGACGCAGAACGGAAAGGCGGCUUCCAUGCACCUGAUGUAGCUAUCAAACUACCAAAGAUCUCCAUGCCAGGAUUUGGCUCCAAAGAAAAAGAUUUAGGUAAGCCAAGGGGUGACCUUGAAGCUAAGGCCAAAGUCAAGAUACCCUCUGUUGAGCUGUCACUACCAGAAGCUAAAACACCAGAGACUGAGGUUCUUCUCCCCAAAGCAGAAGUUGAUGUUUCAGAGGCUGAUAUCAAAGGCUAUGAGGGAAACCUUAAAAUUCCUAAAAUGCCAACAAUCGAUGUUUCCAUUCCCAAAAUAGACCUGGAUGUAUCCCUUCCAAAAGUAAAGUCUCCAAAGACUGAAGGACCUGGAAUGGAACUAAAAGGAGCAGAAGGAAAGUUCAAAAUGCCUCACAUAAAAAUGCCAUCAAUAGACAUGUCUCUUCCCAAAGGGAAAUCUGGAGGUCUUAAUGCACCAAACAUUGAAAUAGAUGGUGAUGGAGAUGCCAAAUUUAAGAUGCCUGAUGUCAAAAUGGCCAGUGUUGGCAUAACUUUACCAAAAGCAAAAACUGAAAAACCUGAUACUCCAGAUCUUGGUGUAGAAGGAGAGGGGGACAAAUUCAAAAUGCCUGUUAUCAAAAUGCCGAACUUUGACAUAUCUCUGCCCAAAGGGAAGACGGGUAAAUUAGAAGGUCCAGAUGUUGACACUGAGGGAGGAGGAAAGUUGAAGAUGCCAUAUUUCAAAAUGCCACACGUUGACAUUAGCCUGCCAAAAAUGAAAACUGCAGAGGUUGAUACACCAGCUGUGGAAGCAAAGCUUGAGAGCGGAGAAACAAAAUUCACAAUGCCCCAUUUUAAUGUGCCUUCAAUUGAUAUUUCACUGCCCAAAGGAAAGAUGGAAGGUCCAAAUGUUGAAAUAGAGGGAGAUGGUGGAAAGAAAUUAAAAACACCUCACCUGCCUUCAGUUGACAUUUCACUACCAAAAGGAAAGACUGAAGGUCCAGCUAUUGAAAUGGAGGGAAGUACUGGAGGAAAGUUCAAAAUGCCCCAUAUGAAAAUGCCAGAUGUUGAUAUCUCUCUGCCUAAAGGAAAGAUUGAAGGUUCGGAGGUGGAGAUCAAAGGAGAAGGUGGAAAUUUCAAGAUGCCACACCUCAGCAUGCCCUCUGUUGAUAUUUCACUUCCAAAAGGAAAAAUUGAAGGUUCGGGUGUUGAAAUCAAGGGAGGUAGUGAAGGAAAGUUCAAAAUGCCGCACAUGAAAAUGCCAGAUGUCGAUAUCUCUUUGCCCAAAGGAAAAGUAGAAGGUCCAGAGGUGGAGAUCAAAGGAGAAGGUGGAAAAUUCAAGAUGCCACAUCUCAGCAUGCCCUCUAUUGAUGUUUCACCUCCAAAAGGAAAAAUUGAAGGUCCGGAUGAAAUAGGGGGUGGCACUGGAGGAAAGUUCAAAAUGCCACACAUCAAAAUGCCAGAUUUUGACAUCUCUCUCCCUAAAGAAAAAGUAGAAGGUCCAGAGGUGGAGUUUAAAGGAGAAGGUGGGAAAUUUACAAUGCCUCAUAUCAGUGUGCCUUCAGUUGAUAUUUCACUGCCAAAGGGAAAAGUUGAAGGUCCAGAAGUUGAGAUUGAGGGAGAUGUAGGUGGAAAAUUCAAAAUGCCUCAUGUUAAAAUGCCACAUGUUGAUAUCUCUUUCCCAAAAGGAAAAAUAGAAGGCGCAGAAGUUGAAAUGGAGGGAGGUACAGGAGGAAAGUUUAAAAUACCUCAUAUGAAAAUGCCAGAUAUUGACAUCUCGCUAUCCAAGGGGAAAAUUGGCAAAAUGGAAGGCGCAGAACUGGAGAUGACAAUGCCCUCAGCAGACAUUUCACUGCCAAAAGGAAAGACUGAAGGUCCAGAGAUGGAGAUAAAGGGAGAUGAAGGACAGUUCAAGAUGCCUAAUGUGGACAUAUCUAUCCCUAAAGGAAAAGCAAAUAUUGAUACAUCAGGGGAGACAGUAGAGGCAGAAGGAGGAACCAUCAAGCUGCCACACAUCAAAAUGCCAAAAGUUGAUAUUUCACUUCCUAAAAGUAAAAGUAAAGAUAAUGAAUCAGUUGCUGUUGAGAUGAAAGUCACAGAAGGAAAGUUCAAAGGUCCAGAUGUUAAACUUCCAAAAGGUGAAGCAGAGAUCCACUUACCAACCACUGAGGCAGGAGGGAAAAUUCAAGUGCCACAAGUCACAUCACCAGAUCUGGACAUCAGUGUUUCACACAGUAAACCUAAACAAGACACAGCAGCUCAUGGGGAAGCUGAUUUGAAUGUUGAGGGAGAGCACAAAGGUCUGAAACUUAAGAUGCCAACAAUAGAUAUUGAAGGUCCAAAAGGAAACUUAGAGCUUGAUAUAGGACUUCGUAAAGGAGAGGGCAAGAAGGACAUGAAAAAAGUUGCACUACCUGACUUGGAUCUCAACACAGCAGGAACCAGUGGCAACGUAAAGGGGCCUAAAGUCAAAGGAACAAAAUUCAAGAUCGGAAAGCCAAAAAAGAAAGCUGGCAGAGAUGUAACAGCAGAAGCAAAACUGUGCAAAAAGGCUGAUAAUGAGGAGAUAGUUGGUCAGGUCGAAUGCAAGGAUAAAGAAAGAUUUGAGUAUAAAGUUAAAGUGGAAACUCAUAACGGACACAAAGAUCAUAUUAACACCCCAGUUCCAGAGGUUACGUUACCAGGUGUUAGUCUGAAAACCAAAGAAGGUUCAGCCCACCCAGAGACCAGAGGAGAGGUUGACCUCUCAUUAUCCAGUACAGAAAUGAAAGUCCCCAGGAUCCCAGACAUAGAGUUUGAUAUUGGUACAUCACAAGAUGAAGAUGAUGAAAAAGCAGAAAAAGGCAAAAAAAUUAAAAUCCCUAAGUUUGGUGUCCCCUUACCCUCCAUUUCCUCUCCCGAGGGAAGAAUCUAUGGGCCAGAAAUUCAGUAUGAAGGCCCUAAAAUGCCCAAGGUAAAGAAAGCAGUUUUUGUCUUGGCAAACCCUGCCCAAAUAGAUGAACCUGCUCUAUGCACAGGGCUCCAAGAAGAGGAGACAACAGCUGAGGCUGAGACAGGAAACGUCAAAGUGAAAUUGCCCAAAAUCAAAAUGAAGCCAAACUUUGGGAAGUCCAAAGAUAAAUCAGCUGCUGUGAGCACAGAUGGAGGGGGGGAGGGAGAGGAAAAGUCAAAGGGAGGGAAGAUGAAAAUGCCCAAAGUGUCAUUUUCUCCUGGCAAAUCAGGGUCAUUUGAUGUCACUCUCAAGGGACAAGGUUCAAGUUCAAGUCUCAACGGUGAAAAAGAUGCAAGUCCUCACAAGGGCUCCGAGGAUGAUAAAGGGACAUUCAGUGGUAAAAUCAAACUCCCAAAGGUGGAGUUCACCAGUCCAUAUGGCAAGAUGGCUGCUGGGGAGGAGGACAAAGAAAUGAGUAUGAAACUGGGAAAGGGUUCAUCAACAACCAGAAUGGGGGCAGAUGCUAAAGGGCUUGAAGUGAAAUCAGGCAAGACGGCCUUCACAGGUUUCAGGGAGGAGUCUUCAAAGGAUGUGGUGUCAUCUCAUGCCAGAACAGAUAUGCUGGACAGGGACAGCUCAGAGUCUCCUGCUGGUUUUGCCAUGGAGUUCAGCUCAACAAAGGUCCAGGGUUGGAGUGAGGUGGAGAGCAGAGAGUCUGAAGAAAGAGAGUCUUCCCCCUGGUUCAAGGUCCCGAAGUUCACCCUGAAGCCACACUCCACAGGCUUCCUCCAGAUAACUCCAGAGGGUUCUCCUCAGGCCCAGCGGAAGGGGGAGGUGGGAGGUGAGGCUGACAUCUCGGGAUCCUUCUGCCUCCACACCUCAGGGUUCGAGCUGACCACCCAGGAAGUGUCAGAUGAGAACCAAGUCUCUUCCGCCAUGGAGGGAGCUGUCACCACGACAACCAAGAUCACCAGAGUCACCCAGUGCACGGUUACCACAGAAACACGAACAGGUGAAUCUUCGACAACCACGACGACAACUCAACAGGUGUCAGACUUCAACUACUGAGGAUGCUGUAAUGAUAUCUUAAAUGUAUUUUAAUCCUUUUGUGUUUCUUUGGUGAGGUUGCAGUGUUCUCAUAAACUAAGCCUGCAACGUGGCAGACCUCUCUUAAGGAAAAGUCUUUAUUUUAUAUUUUAAUAGGUGAAGUAUGAAUGUGAUGAAAAGCAGUGAUAUUUCAUCAACCAGCAAUAUCGUCAUUAUUACAGCAGCAAAGUAAUAUACACUUCCAUUUUUUCACUUUCAAUGUGACUAUUUUUUGUUACUGUUCUUUGAGUUUUGUUAGUUUAGUCCUAAUUAUUUAUCAAAUUUUGUUUGAGUUUGAAGGUUUCACUCUGAAUGUAAACACGUCAGACUGCUUCAUUAUUUAUUGUUGUGUGUGUGUCGGAAUGAGUCAUUCACUCACAUCAGCAUCAUGGAUUCGACCAUGAUUUCACGAUUAGUUCAAAAUCAUUCAUUUUGAACCACUACAGUACAGGCCAGAGGAAUAUUUAUGUAAAUACAACUAUAAAAUUGCUUUUUUGAAGCCGUAGCCCUUCGAUCCAAAAUGUAAUUAUUUUCAUAUUCACCAGAGUCUGGAGCAGAAAAGAUAUUUUUUGACCUGAUAACCUAUUUUGUUUGUCUUGAAGAAAAAGUGUGAGCUUUUUGAGAUUAUGGCCUAUUCUCAUUUUUUGCCAUAGUUUUAUAUUUUAAGCAUUUAGCUGGUGCUGUUACCCAGAGAUAGUCACAGUGAGUGAGCAGGACGCUCUGGAGUUUAUCUGCUGUGGGGAUCAAACCCGUGACCAUCUGGUUGCGGGUUGUUCUCAAACAUUUAUGCCGACCUGCUGCUAAUCUAUUUUAUAUUUAUGUUUUUACUGUACACUGCAAGAAAAAAGACACCACUGUAUAUUUUGUGAUUGAAGCUUUGGCUUCAAGACACGCCUCCUGACUGAUGCUGAUGUUUCGCCGAUGAGUUUCAAAGCAUGGACAGCGAGCUGGGAGGGAAUCUGCUGACGUGUGAGUGCUGUUGGGCGCUUGAACAAAAUAAGUGAGAGGAGUUUUGAAGGUUAAGCUUUAAACCCUUUUUCUCUUGACCCUUUAAAAAUAGCCCUCUAAAAAUGAUGUUGCUAUGAAGGCUGCUACAAUGGCAGACUGACAGGAGUGAGCAGGAGUGAUAUGUCCUCUAAAGACAGAAAAGAGGGGAUCAAGAACAAGAGGACCAAGGUUUUCCCUUCAAUUAAAAUGUCUUUUAUGAUCUGACAUUACAACUUAACUUAGAUAUGGUAAAUGAUUAAUGUCACAUUAAUAAAAAAGCAUUUUUAAGUGCCUUUAUCCCUUAUUUUUCAAAAAGUGUAUCCAUUUAAAAUAUAAACUGCUUUGAAACGCAGGGAGAAACGCCUUCUGCUGUCUUUUAGAUAUUUAUUUUAUGUUUUAGAAGUUUCAUUCUCAAAUGCAAAACUUUCCACUAGAAUACAAAAACAGCCACUAUAAUGUCGCCAGCCUUUAAUUAAAAUUUAUUCUUGAAAAGUAGUGAUUUUGCAUUCAGUUUCAGAGGAUGCCAGAAUCCCAUUUUUCAAAAUAAAGAGCCGUUAGCAUUUGAGAAUGAACACUUUUCACUUUACUUGGUUUAUUUUACUUGGUUGGUAGAAGGAAUGAAACUGUGUGAAGAAGUCCUGACAAAUCCACUCCCAUAUUUUUUACAUUAACAACUUUUAACACUGUGCCUGUUUUGCAGGUGAGAAACAGAUUUUCAAAAUCUGGGACGAGAAUAGUGACACGUCAAGGUAACACACUGAGUGUAGCAUCUAUGUGUAUAGAGAUUUUUACUUUUCUGGUUUAAUCAAGUCUUCGAACUUCUUUUAGAUUAUAAUGGUUUCAGUGCCAAGUGUUGUUGUCAAAGCUGCAUUGGAAAGAAUGUUGGUUAAGAUGUUAAUAAAAGAAUAUUCACACAAA